AUGACUAUUACUUAUGAAAUUCAGUUAAACCUCGAAAACAGGCAUGUCGAAAGUCCACAUGCACCACCGCUUAAUUGCCAGACUUGGACUCUCCCUCUGCCUUUGGGCGGAGAGGAUACAUUCAUGAGCCUUGCUCACCCAUUUUAUUUGUUCAGAAUCGCAUUAUUAGGAGAAGACAAAGUCGGGAAAACAUGUAUAUUACGGCGCUUCACCGAUGAUACCUUUAGCGAAGAUUACCAACCAACGAUCGCCUGUGAUUUCGCCACGCGGGUGGUUGAAGUGAAGGUUCAGAUAGAUUUGAGUAGCUCUCCCAGGUACGAGAUCUACGUGACAUCGUGGUUGAAAGAUAUCCACGUAGAUCUGACAAGUCUAUUAGAAUCAUUCCAUGGUCUUACGAGGCGGCUCGAGCGAGUAGAGGAAAUUGAAGUCGAAAGGGGUCGUACAAUUCCGCGAUUAUUGAUCGGAAAUAAGAUUGAUUUGACAGAAGAUAUCGCUGUGGACAUUUCCGCGUCGAGGGAGUUUGCAAAAGACCACGGAAUGAAAUUCGCUCAGGCAUCAGCCAAGACAUCAGUGAAUGUCGAAGAGCCAAUACUGAGGAUGAUCGAGCGGUUGGUUGAACAGUACGUCUCCCUA